AUGAAGGAAAUGAACGUUACCGGAGCAAAAAUUUGUGAGGAGUUACCUCACCCAGAAACUCGAGAUAUUGUAUUACCGAACCAGUCGGAAUAUGUUUCUCAUAUUGCCGUUGAUAUCGGUGGUUCUUUGGCAAAAGUAGUCUAUUUUUCAAGAAAACCAACAUGUUCGACAGGGGGUAGACUAAAUUUUACUAAAUUUGAAACAGAAAAAAUAGAUGAAUGUAUUGAAUUUAUCGAAAAUCUUGUGGCUGCGAGAAGAGACCCUGAACUGAAAGAUAAAAUUGUCAUAAAAGCAACGGGUGGUGGGUCAUACAAAUAUUACGACAUUUUUACCAAAAAAAUAAAAGGCGUUAAGGUGGAAAAGGAAGACGAGAUGGAAUGUCUUAUAACAGGUUUGAAUUUCUUAAUUUCUGAGAUUCCAUAUGAAGUGUUUACGUACAGUGAAAAUGAUUCUAUGUGCUUUGAGUACUUUACAUCUGCACCGUCUAACAUGUUUCCUUACAUGUUGGUUAAUAUUGGUUCCGGUGUUAGUAUAUUGAAAGUGACUGGUCCGGAUAAAUUUGAACGUAUAUCUGGUACUUCGUUGGGAGGUGGUACUUUAUGGGGUCUUCUGUCAUUAUUAACAGGCGCUCAAUCAUUUGAUGAAAUGUUGGAAAUGAGUAAACAUGGUGAUAAUACGAAUGUGGAUAUGCUGGUUGGAGAUAUUUAUGGAACAGAUUACAAAAAGAUUGGAUUAAAAUCAUCAACGAUUGCUUCAUCUAUGGGAAAAGUAUUUAAAAAGAAUGUGAGGCAAAGUGUCGGUGAUUUUCGCGGUGAAGAUCUUUCAAAAUCGUUAUUAUAUAUGAUUAGUAAUAAUAUUGGUCAAAUCGCCUAUCUGAAUGCUCAAGUUCAUGGAUUAAAACAAAUAUAUUUUGGUGGUUGUUUCAUAAGAGGACAUUUAAUUACGAUGGACACUUUAUCUUAUGCGAUAAAUUUCUGGUCACAAGGAACUAUUAAAGCUCUCUUUCUUCGUCAUGAAGGAUACUUGGGUGCAGUUGGCGCUUUCCUUAAACAUCCUGAACCGAGGAAACGAUCUGCUUCCUUUUCUGAGAUGCCCACUAACCCGCAGACUAUGACUAAAAAUAGUAUUGACGCUGGUGAGGUUUUGGAAAGCAAUAGUUCUAUUACUGUUAAUGAACUCGGGGAAAGCUCUGCUGCCAAGCUUCCUGACAGUCAAUACAAUGAGCCUUUUGGCGAAAUUCUAAGACAAGUUUAG